AUGGCCUCACCAAAUUCCCUCUCAUCAGCGUACAACAGCGGCCUUUAUCAACAAUCACAACGGCCCAUGACCCGAUCCGCGGUUUCACGUUCGGGUUCCAGACGGGCAUCUCCGGCGCUCCACGCCGACCCCAAAACAACGGUAUCACGGCACUACCCUGGCGGCGACAGCUCUGAUGAAGAGGUUCCCGAACCCAAGUUCAGCGCGUCGGUAAAGGCUCUUUUGGAUGGAGACGGAUUGGCUUCUUCGCCGAGUCGUCGAGCCGCUUCAUAUGAGCGACGCUCGGCCGCCAGUUCAAGACAACAUAGUCAAUCGCCACGGAACGCCUCGCCCCAUGAUCGCUCCGACGGUAGCCCUGCCCCAAGAGUUGUGCGCAUUGGCGCGAUCUCUUCUGCCUCGAGAUUCUCGCGCGAAGGAUCUCCACUAUCAAACAGUCAGAGUGCCGAGUCCGAGGCCCAGGCCCGUCCCAAUGAUUUCAUUACUCCUGCGCCGCGACCUCGGAGUGUUCGGAUUAACGCAUCGCGUAGCGGUACGCGCUCCCCAAAUUCCGUUUCACCAUCUAUGAAACGCUCAACAGAACGUCACUCGGGCGAUGAAUUUGGAAGCGCCGAUCGAUCUAAUAGUGAUCGAAACUCGCGCCUUGAUGAUGACCCGAUUUCUCGAGUUGGAUCAUCCUCUGUUCUGCGUGGUCGCAACGCGGACGAUGUUGGUCCCCAGAGUUCCCUGCGAAUGAAGAGAGUUGGACGACUCACUGGUUCAUUUUUGAAUGGACCUGCCCGCAGAGGUGUUUUGCGCCGGCAAAGCGAAGAAAACAAGGAAGGAAAUUAUCCUUUAAAUGAAGAUGCUCGGGAGCAUGAGGAAUACGAUCACGCUGAAUAUCAGUCUCGGAAACCAUCUUCACCAAAGGUUUCAUGGGCGGAUCCUAGUCCCCCACACGAAAGCGAGCACCGUCGCACUGAGCAGCCAGCAAGCAUGGCGCCAGGCGAGGGUCUGUUUUCAAGAUCAUCAUCGCCAAAAUCUUAUGGGUCUCAAUCAAAGUCGACACCCGGAUCCUCAGACAACUCUGCAAGGUCGUCCAGCGCAAGGGAACAGCCCGCAUUUAAGGUUCCUUCUUUACCACCCCUGCCAUCUGUCAGAGGCCAAGAAAAUGAACCGCCGCCCACUUUCAAGCGGACUAAACCUCAGAGCUUGAACCUGCUAGACAAGCCCGAGAAGUUCUCGGUCGCCCACGACACCGAUAAGAAAGAUGCGGUAGAGACACCGACAGGAAACUCACCACGCAAGAUUCUUGCCAUAAGGAGUAACAACACGCCUCACCGGCCGGCGCCUCCACCCCCCAAAAUGUCCAUGCUUGAGACGGCCACAGCAACUGGCGGUGCAUCUCAAUCCCGAAAGAAGCGAACUCAAGUUUCCAUCAAUCACAAACAUUUUACUCGGCUCGACUGUAUUGGGCGGGGUGGUAGCUCCCGUGUGUAUCGUGUGAUGGCCGAGAACUACAAGAUCUUCGCUCUCAAGCGUGUGAAUUUGGAAGAUGUCGACCCAGUCACAUUGACUGGAUACAAGGGCGAGAUUGACCUAUUGAAGAAGCUCGAGAACGUCGACCGUGUUGUGCGACUAUUCGAUUGGGAGCUCAACAUGGACAAGCAUUGUCUUAGUGUGCUGAUGGAGAUUGGUGAAUCCGAUCUAGAGAAGAUUCUCGUAUAUCGACUUAAUGCUGAAGACGCGGUUCUUGACAUCAAUUUCACUCGCUUCUACUGGAAAGAGAUGCUUGAGUGUGUCCAAGCCGUCCACGAGUACAACAUCGUCCACUCCGAUUUGAAACCGGCCAACUUCCUCAUGGUCCAAGGCCGGUUAAAACUAAUCGAUUUCGGUAUUGCCAACGCCAUUCAAGACCAUACCGUGAAUGUCCACCGAGAACAACAAGUUGGCACCCCGAAUUACAUGUCUCCCGAAGCCAUGAUCGACUCAAACGCAUCACUUGGACUGCCGGCAAGCGUUGGCAAGGUUAUGAAAUUGGGUAAGCCCAGCGAUGUCUGGAGUUUGGGCUGCAUUUUGUACAAAAUGGUGUAUGGACAGCCCCCAUUCGCCAAGAUUGCCAAAUACUACGAACGUAUUAUGGCCAUUCCCAACCCUCGCGUCAAAAUCGACUUCCCAGCCCACGGGGUUGGCGGUGUCCCCGUCCCCCCGGGACUGAUUAAGACCCUUAAACGCUGCCUGCAGCGUGACCAAACCCUUCGACCAACCAUCGAGGAAAUGCUCGGCCCCCGGGAUCCAUUCCUGCACCCCGACGCCCAGCUGGAAGGAGCUGUCCCCGUCACUCAGGACAUGCUUGGACGCAUCCUGGCCAACGUCAUCAACCACUGCAAAGUCCGCGGCAUUCCCAAGGAAGAAGAGCUUGCCGCGUGGCCUGCAGGCUUCUUCGCCAAAAUCAAGUCAGCCUUGGAAGAAGAAAAUUCCUGA